UUUAGGAAUAUUCUAAGUUACUAUUCUUAGACUGUCCUUUUUUUUUUUGAUAAAAUCUACUGUUUAAUGUUGCACAGCAUAUUUUCAUCUAUGACAAAUCUUUAUUAUUAUUGUUAAAUUAUAUACAUGAAAUUAAAUUAUCCAAUAUGGUUUAAUUUAAAUAUAACCAUGUUCUAAGGUAACCAUUGAUACUUGAUAGUGUGUUCGAGCUUCGAAUGAUAUAUGCAUGCUUUGUCAACGAAGAGGAUGGCUGCACCACUACCUAUGUCCAGGAGAUUCAGUUCAGAGUUCCAUGUUGUUCAAGACGGUUUCAAGUGUUCGUCUUCAGCUUCAACUAUCAACAUUAGUAUGAAAAACAAUAGUCUUUUACCAUAUAAAGAUAACAUCUCGAGUAAAUCGAGGACAAAGUUGAGUAGAAGGUUUAGUUUUUCAACAGAAGAUGAUCUUGGAAAGAGGUGUUUCCAAGCUAGUAGUGCUCAAGGAUCACCCUGCAAGGAUGUUUUAAGUCCUGUUUUUUAUGCCUCAGAGUCCGAUUUCACGGAUAAGCAUAAGAGUUCUUUAGAAUUAUACUUGAAGAAACUUCAGAGCCAAGCUAAACAGGUUUCACAGGAUUAUGACAGUGAUGUUUCCGAUGUGGAUGAUCAAACCAGUCAACUGUCAGCAAGGAAGGAACUUGGACUACUCGAGAAGUAUUUUGAAUCAGUUAAAGAAGAUGGAAAGUCUGAAGAUGGUUUGUCAUCUUUUCCUGACAGAAAUGCAUCAGGCAAGUCUGAUGAAUCUAUGAGCAUGAAUCAGAUAAAAGGCAUGGCAAUACAAGAAUUUGAGAAAAGCAGUAAUAUUGCUAGGAAGGCUGCAUCAUUUCCUAUGUACGACGAAAAAGAGAGUGGCAAUCUAUACCUGAUAAGUACGUUGCUGUCGAUAAAUAUAGCUGUGUUUCUGUUUGAGAUAGCUAGUCCAGUAAAAGGCUCAGACUACAACCUCUAUUCACUGCCCCUGAUGUACGGUGCCAAGGUUAAUGAUUUGAUCAUGGUUGGCCAAUGGUGGAGGCUUGUCACACCAAUGUUUCUGCAUUCAGGACUUUUGCACAUUGCACUUGGGUCAUGGGUGCUUCUUUCUUUCGGACCUCAAGUUUGCAAAAGAUAUGGCUCGUUCACAUUCUUCCUGAUAUUCAUUCUAGGAGGCAUUUCAGGAAACCUCUCAAGCUUCCUUCAUACAUCAGAGGCCACUGUUGGUGGAUCAGGACCAGUUUUUGCUGUCAUUGGAGCUUGGCUCGUUUAUCAAAUGCAAAACAAAGAUGUAAUUGUAAAGGAACUGUCUGAUAGUAUGUUUCAGAAGGCAGUCAUUGCUACAGCUUUUAGCUUUUUUCUCGGAAACUUUGGGCCUGUGGACAACUGGACAAGUCUUGGUGCAGCGGUAUCAGGAAUCAUAUACGGGUACUUAACAUGUCCUGUGGUGCAAGUAGAUGAUGCACCAGCAUCUGCCAUGCAAGAAAGAAAUAGUGGGAUGAAAGAAGAAAUCACACUUAAUAGCACACAAGCAGCUAAACCCUGUAAAUCUUUUCUCAUUUUCACAAUUUUUGUUUCUGCUUUGAGCUCCUUGCUGUUAAUUGCUGAGCUUUCGCUUGAUAAACUGGAAUUUGAAGAGCUUAUCCAGAUUAUCGAGUAAUUUUCUUCCUUUUUCUGUAAGAUAGCACCUAUGCAUAUGUUACCUAUACAGUUCUGUAACAUAAAUAAAAUGUUAGUGUGUUACUUUAUAGAUAUUA